AUGAGUAGUCUUGUUAAUAAUAGUGAAAUUUCUAGUAAAUGUGAUGAGUAUAGUGAUAAAAAAUGUGGGUCUAAUUUUAAUGUUGAAUGUGUAUUGAAGAAACCCACAGAGACGAAUUCAAGAAUGGCCCAGGAAGGUAACAGGUCAAUAUGCACACGAUUCCAAAAGUGGGGUUACUGCACUUAUGGUGAAAGGUGUCGUUACGUUCAUACUAAUGGUGGGUCUACAUAUCCCCCUUUGCAGGGGGGUGGGUAUGACCAAAGUUAUGUUGAGGAAGGGAAAAGUGAAUACAGAGAGAGUGCUGCGAUAACCAUUGUGACUGGUGGGGAUGAAGUGAAAAAUAAGAGUUAUUCUGAUAAUGUGGAACCUAAGAGGUUUGCGGAUUUUCGUACAAGGAUGAAGACCAGGCUUUGCAACCGCUGGGAAAGGGACGGGAGCUGUUUUUUUGGUGCAAGAUGUCAAUUUGCUCAUGGGAGAGCAGAACUGCAGGGUUAUGGUUCCUCCAAUCCUCUGGUAUCAUCGAGCAAUGCUGGCAUUUCUGCUCCUACCAAGAAUGUUGCACCCAAUGAAAUAAGGUCCAGUGCUCCAGCUGAGCGUAGGUUCAAGUGGAAUGAUGUACGCAAGAUCAGCCAGGUCUAUGGUGACUGGAUUGAGUAGCUGCCUUCCCCAUAAUCAUCAGGCACUGUGGAGAACUAAAGA